CCCGCCGUUCUCGAAUAUUCACAUGAUGGAAGUCCUCGCACCAAUUGGAGUUGCCGUCACUGUCGCCAUGAAUGCAGUGAUGGCAGGUCUANNGCAGGAACUAUGUAAAGGAUGUGCAAAAGCAGAAACAUUUUUAAGGGAGGUCACUCAUGCAACCUGGAUCCUCGAAAACCAUCGAACUAUCUUGUGCCAAUCAAAAAAUUUGUGGAAUGAUAUACUCGCGAAGUGCCAGCGUGAUAGAAAUCCAGAGCAAAGACACACAACCAUCUUUAGCGCUGAAGUCUCCCAAGCUAUCAAGCGCACAAUCUCAAUGAUGCAACAUCACUUCGAGGGUGUACGGACCCUGCUGGAGUCUUGCGACAGCCCAGAAAAGACAAGGAGAACAAACCCGUCACGCUCGCGCAGGGUCAAGCGCAGAUUUACCCUCUUCGUCCGAUUGCUCUGGCCUAACUAUNNCGAAAUAGACUUGAAAAAGCCCGUGGACGCGCCAAGUCUCCCCACCCGAUGCGAGGGGGUA